UAUCUUGCAGGCAGACAUGUCGCUGUCUCCGUUUCUCUUUUACUUUAACCGUCAAAAUUAUGCAAAUGACGCCGGACGUGCAGGCAGCUGAGGACAGAGCACUCCAAAAUGGCGAACCGCGACAAGGAGCUGGAAGAGGAGAUUUACGACAAGGUCGUAGACCUGACAGAAUAUGCCAAACGUCAGCGAUGGUGGAACCGCCUUUUCGGAAAAAACUCGGGCCCCGUGGCAGAGAAAUACUCCGUGGCCACACAGAUAGCCAUAGGGGGAGUGAGUGGAUGGUGCGUAGGAUAUCUCUUCCAGAAGGUUGGGAAAGUUGCUGCCACGUCUGUAGGGGGAGGUCUCCUGCUGUUGCAGAUAGCGAACAAUAGCGGCUAUAUCCAAGUGGACUGGAAGAGAGUAGAGAAGGAUGUCAACAAAGCUAAGAAGCAAUUAAAGAAGGGCACCAAUCAAGCAGGCCCAGAGCUAAACACGUUUUUUGAGAAGUCCACAGAGUUUGUGAAGAAAAACAUUGUCGUCACCAGUGGUUUCAUUGGAGGAUUCCUGCUUGGCCUGGCAUCUUAGGGUCUGCCAAAUGAGAAGAGUCUGUAUAUCUUUGAUGUCAUGAAAAACUGUAGGGGGAAAUUAUAAAUCAUUUCUGGAUGGUUUUUAAGUGUUUUGGCAGCAAGCAACCGAUUCAGAUUAGCUUGUAACUUUGUGUUUCUACGUAAGCUGCACAUCCUUUUCGUCUACUGUAAUACUUCACCUCCACGUGACAAGCGCCGUGGAUGUGAUGUGGGACUUCUUGGUAGGACCAGGAUGAACCUCUUAAAAUACUCCUUUCCAGGCCAAAUAAUGAUACAUAUCAUGCAGAAUGAAUUAAAAACCGCAUAACGGCCAUCAGAAUGUUGCAAUGUAUGUAUUUAUUUAUUUUUAACCAAGCUGGCAUUGUACCACAAUGAAAGAUUAUGCACUGUUAUGGCUGCCUUGUUGUGCAAAAAUGAAGCCAAGCACAAUGCAGUUAAGUGCAAGUAGAUUUUAAUUCACCUUCACAGGUGGCGAGGAUCCCUUCAGUGCCAGUGUUGUAUUUUUCAAUUCCAGACAUCGUAUUCAAUCACCUUCAGGAUUAAAGUGCGGAUAGAUAUGGGAUUGUUUAAGCCUUUUUCUUUUAGAGCUGCUACAGGUUUCAUGGGUUACGUCAGCCUCCCCUUCAUCUUUUAUAUUUUGUUUAGCAGUACAUUGAUGCUUUAGAUACCGAAGGCUGUGGUUUGUCUGAUAUGUAAGUUGGUUGAACAAAAUAAAAACAACAAAAUCA